GGUGGCACUUCCAACCAUAUCCACGCCGGUCACAAGAUCUACAUCACCAUGAUGGCACUUUUGUUAAUGAAGAGUAUUGUACUAUGGCCUGUUCGUAUCAAAAUACACCGCGAAUUUGUUGCAUCAACCGAAAUUCGAAUUGAAAAUGCAAAGCAGUUCCUGCAUGUUUUCCGUCGCGCUAUCGAAUGCGUUGUCGUGCCAAAUUCAGACUCAUACGGGCCGACGAUCAACGUACCAACACUCCAGGCAUUAGUAAUAUCCAAGGAA